AUGCAUUCCAAGGGCCUUCUCAUUGCGCUUCAAUGCGCCGCAGUAUCAUGCUCUGCCCUCCGACCACCGAUUGAAGCCCGCGCAGUAACAGACAUCCCCAAAGACUCAUUUAAUUCUCUUGAAACUUACUGGAACUAUCUUUAUCCCUGGGGCCCAACCCACAAUGGUGGCGCACGCAUGGAUGAAGAACACGUCUCCGUAACAGACGGCGUCCUAACUCUAACUGCUGAACCAAGAGACGACCAAGAAGAUCCCAUCCACUACCUCUCCGGCGCAAUCCACGCCAAAUCAACCUUCACUGUCGCCCCAGGCGGUGGGUACGACAUCAGCGCCGAAUUCAUCGCUCCAGUGGAUAGAGGAACAUGGCCUGCUUUCUGGCUUAACGCCGCAAGUGGGUGGCCGCCCGAGAUCGAUAUUGCCGAAUGGAAGGGCUCCGGCAAGAUUUCUUUCAACACGUUUAAUACUUCUGACGAGGUUACCGCUUUGGAUAGAGAUUAUCCGAACCCGGAAGAGUGGCACUCUGUUAGGGCUGAGUUGAGGGAUGAGAAUGGGGCGGAUGUAAGGGUUAAGUUUUUCCUGGACGGGGUUGAACAGACAACGCAGUAUGGAAGAGAUUACAUUGGUGCAGGACUUCGUCUGAUUGUAAAUUAUCAAACCGAGGGAUCUUCUGGUUCGCCUGGACCUACCACUCCAACCACCUUCCAGGUCCGAAACGUCGAAGUCAUCAGCCUCAACUAG